AUGUCUGGCCCGGAAGUGUUGAAAGGCGCAACAUGGUUUGAGACAAACUGGCCAUUUAUGAGCAGUUUCUUCUUUCCUAUCGCGCUGGUGGUGCCUUUCUUGCCAUUUUUUUUCAGCCGACCGUCGAUCAAAUCAGCGUUUCUGGAUGCGCUUCGAAGUCCCUAUGUCUUGGGAUGGCUGACGGUGCCUUUCUACCUGAUCCAUCAGACCGAAGAGCACGCCUAUGACCUGCGCGGCUGGCGCUAUGCCUUCGUGCCAAACUUCAAUCAUGGCGUCGGAGCUUUGCUGUUCGAUUGCGAGAAGCAAGGGCACCUGCGAUGUCCCUUGGAACCGCGAAUCACCUUGGAGGUUAACGUGGGAUGUGUUUGGAUUGGCUUCGUGGUGUGCAUGAUCUGUGCGCACUACUUGCGCGGGCCCUAUGCGUACGCUGGGAUUUGCAAUUGGGGCAUGUGCAUCGUGAACUCUCUGGGAGGUCAUUUGCUUCCGUGGCUCUUGAUGGGAUACAACCCAGGUGAUGACAUCAUGUGGAUGCGACACCGAGCCUUCCAGAGCCUCUUCCAGGUGGCCUUCGGGAUCUACGUCCUCGCCACAUGUCCCGGCACCUGUCGCUUCGCCGCAGUGGCCAUCUUCGACGGGAUCCUGUUCCAUGCCAUCGUCUUUGGCAUCGGCACCAGCAUUUCGAUCAAGCUCGGCUGGCCAACGGAAGUGACUGGACUCUUGAGCAUCAUUUUCACCACUGCCUUUCCCCUUCGCCUGGCCUCGUGCUUCGCACCGCGCUCGGAAUAUGACAAAAUGAAGGACUCGGAUGAAGAGAGCGCGUGA